AUGGACGCAUUGACGCUCAACUAUUGGUUAUCCAAAUUUGUUCAAGAGGUGGCAAAGUGUUCCAAAGAUCCAUACCUUCCGAAAACGUUGUACCAGAUUGUGUGCGGCAUUCGCCGAUUCAUGGUGGAAAAGAACCCAGCCAUCGAGUUCAAUCCCUCGGACUCUUCAGACAAAAGGUGCGUGAAUUGGCAUUAUUGGAGAGGGAGGUCGUUUGAUAUUUUAAAACUUAAGGAAAUUGUAUCGAACUUUUCUCUUUUCCUCAUUAGUGUCGAUUAUAGCAGUGAGUCCGUGUCACGGAAGGUAGAAAAAGUUUCUCAGAAUGUGGAUAUGGAUACUAUGCCAGUUUGUUUCGUUGACUUUAAGAAAUGUGCUGUAGACUUUAAUUUCAAUUGGCUUGAGCUUGUCAGUUUUAUAAUUUGAAAUGUCUUUCCUGGCCAUUGUUUAUUAAAAAUUAAUGAUUUAUGUUCAGCUGCGUUUGAGUAACUAUGAAUAUGCAGAUUAAGAACAAUUUUAUCACUAGUGAUGAAAACGUGAUGAAACACUAUUGAUUUUCAACUGGUGUUUAAUUGAGUUUUGAAGUCAUCCACCUGACCCGAAUGGGGCGCUCUGGUUGGCUUAUAACGUCAUGAAUUAUUAAUGAGUUUGAGAAAAAGGGUUAGGCAAUGGUUUUGGUCGGAAAUUCGAAAUUUCUUAAUUUUUUCCUUUUGCUCAAAAUAGUUAGAGAAAAACAGUUUGGUGAUGUUUAGAUAGAAAACAACCGAUUAUGGACCAUAAUAGACCAUAAAGUAUCAAUUUUAAAAAGUCGAAAAAUUUACGUCUUUCUAAAGGGGUUAGGCCAUGGUUUUGGCCGAAAAUUCCCAUUUUUUAAUUUUUUUUUUUAAAGGAACAUAAAAUGGUUUGGUGAUAUUCUAGAUAAAAAGGAACCUUAUAUAGACCAGAAAAAUGACAUUUGUACGAAAUCGGAAAGUUAAUUUUCAUUCUUCUAAAGAGGUUAGUCCAUGGUUUUGGUCAAAUAGUUUUGUGAUGCUUUAGAUAAAAAGCAACCUAUUAUAAACCAUAAAAAUAUUAGUUUUAGAAAGUUUAAAUGUUUGCAGUUUGCGUAAGGUGUUGGUCCAUGGUUUAGGUCGAAAUUUCCAAAUUUCUUAAUGUUUACCUUCUUGUUCAAAGUAAGAAGAGAAAAAUCGUUUUGUAAUGUUUUAGAUACAAAACAACCGAUGAUAGACAGUAAUAGACGAUAAAGUGUCAAAAUGAAAAAGUUGAAAAAUUUUCAUUGUUCUAAAGGGGUUAGUCCAUGGUUUUUGUCGACAAUUCCAAUUUUCUUAUUUUUUUCUUUUUUCUAAAGGCAGGAAGAGAAAAACAGCUUGGUGAUGUUUCGAUAGAAAACAACUGUUUAUAG